UAAUGCACUGGGAGGGGAAAAAGGAUGAGGGACUGAGUGAGUAAAAGGGCCCCUCCCACCAACCAACUAUAAAGCCGAUCGUCUGGUGUGUUAGAGCUAUUAGCAGAGUGUCACAGCUGCCCUACAGCACCUCCAGCAAUUUCAAGAAAUCUGUGGAGUACUUUUUUUAAUAGCCAAGUCUACAGCCAGAGCGCCUUUGGAUCCAAGUGAAUUAAGGAUUAUAGGUCACAGAGUCAACAUGAAGCUGAUCCUCCAAUCCGUCCUUUAUGGAUGCCUGCUAUCCACAAUAGCUCACUGUGUGGAACUUGAAGUGAACCCGGAGUUGAAAAAACGGUUAAGUGUGUGGAUGGAGAGCCAACUGAGGAGGCAUCUUAACAGCUUGUCUGCAGAGAGGGUGGCGGAGUCUGAGCAGUUGGUCACACCAGAAGAUAUCAGGGAUACUCUGAUUCCACAUUCCAGCAAUGGCAUCAGCAUCAGAACCAAGCGUUCCAAGCACUUCACUGUCAACCAGUCCAGACGGCCCGGCUGCUCCCUGGGCACGUGCACCGUACAUGACCUGGCGCACCGCCUCCACCAGCUCAACAACAAGUUGAAGAGUGCCCCCAUCGACAAGAUCAGCCCGCAGGGGUACGGCCGGAGACGGCGCUCUGUCCCGGCUCGCAGGGUCACGCUGGAGCUGGAGCAGGGAAGGCUGAGGCCUGACUGGAGGAACACUGUGUCACAAGUUCACAAGCUGGAGGCCCUCCUGCUCCUCACCCGGACAUGAGCAAUUGAUUGGAAGCAAGCGCAGAUAGAAGCCAAACAAGAGGAAGGCAGCCAAGGACACUGAUAUGUCCUCUCUGCUGUUUGUUCCAAGACUAUUCAAAUGUCUGAGACUUAAAGCCAGGCCAUCUCCAGCACAAGCUUUUUUGUUUAGUUAUUUUUUUGGUUCAAAAGCGCAAGGACUGAGUUAGCGCAAACAAACGGACUGCUCCAGCUGUGUGUCUCUGGAGACCGGGUAGGCUGAUGGGAGAUGGAGUUGAGCAUGCAGAGGGAGCAGACCUCUGCAGCUGGCCUUCAGACACUGGAUGGCACGGUGUGGAGCACCAAGGCCAGAUGCUGCUGCUGCUGCUGCUGCUCUGUCUCUCUGCCUUGCAGCGGAAGGGAACACAGUGCUCACACCUGGCAAAGUGAGCUGGGAGGAGAAAGAUUCUCUUUCUCUCUUUUUCACUGACCAUGCAGGGACGUUAAUACACACCACUUCCUCAGAGUCAGGACUUUGAGAACAUCUAUCCUCUAAGGACUAUUAUGCUACCCCAUUCCAAUCAACUCUCAAUACUUGUCUGCACUUUUUUUUUCUCCAAAUGGACCUAAAGAUAAAAAAAAAAUCAUCAGGAAGAGAGAUGCUAAUCACAAAUGCUCAACAGGGAGAUAGUUAUGUGUUUGAGCUUUUAAGCUUUUGAUCUUAAUCAUAUUUUGGGACACUGUAUUGUACAAAGGAAAUAUGCCUUAGAUUCUGUGAAAAAUGUGCCAGUCCAAUGGAUUGAAAUAUACUUGAAAUUUAUAUUGUUUGUAUAAACACAUGUGCAAUCUAUAUUUGUCGGUUUUUUACAAGUGUAUGUAUAUAUGUUACAAAAUGUUGAAUUUCAUUAUUUAAAUAUUGCAUAGUGGCUACAUUAUGAUACGUAUACAGAUUGAGCUAUUUUUUAUACAGGAAUAAAUAUAUAAGGGCAUUCGUACUAUCUAUCUAUUGCCAUGUUCACUAUUAUUUUGCAAACUGUGGUAAUCCUAUAUUUGUCUUAAAAAAAUAUGUUAUAUAUAAUAUAUUUGUAAAUACAGUCUAUUUUAUUUGUGUAAAACAAACCUUUUUCAUACAAUAAACCUUUUGCAUUCAAAGUAA